AUGGAGAAACAACAGCAAACUGGUCAGAAGCGUAAAAAAGUGGACAUUCCGAUUGCCAAAAAGCUACAAAUCAUCGAUGAUUUGGAAAACGGGAUGUCUACUAAAGAGGUCAUGGUGAAGCAUAACAUCUCUUCGCGAUCAACGGUUACAUCAAUCAGACAAUCGAAGCAGAAAAUUCGAGAGCAGGCUUCACAAUCGCAUCAUGCAAUCGGGAAACGGAUGCGCUUCAAAAUGCCACGGUACCCGAAAGUUGAUGAAGCUUUGUUCAUUUGGUUUCUUCAAAAACGUCAACAACACGUACCGGUAAGUCAAGAAAUGCUGCAAGUACAAGCCCAGACAUUUUUCAACAAAAUUGUCGGAGAAGGGGAAUUUGGUAGCCGUGGAUAUAUUGAAAAGUUCAUUCAGCGACACGAGAUCAGGGUGUUGAAGAUCACUGGGGAGAAACUUUCAAGCAAUGUGGCGGCCAUUGAAGGUUACGUUCAGAACUUUUCGAAAAAAGUGCGAGACAAACAGUUGUCUCCAUGCCAAAUUUUUAACGCCGAUGAGAGUGGAUUGUUUUUUAAGAACACUCCAACAUCAACGUACGUCGAUAAAGGUGCCACAUCUGCUCCUGGAAGGAAAGUGGCAAAGGAACGAGUAACGUUCAUGCCAUGUUCCAACAUGGAUGGAUCUCUCAAGCUUCCGUUAAUGCUCAUUGGCAAGUCGCAGAAACCUAGAGCACUUAAGCACGUUAGGCAGCUGCCUGUGUACUACAAAGCAUCCAAGAAUGCGUGGAUGACGCAGUUUUUGUUCAAAAACUGGUUUUUUGAUGAAUUCGUUCCCCGCGUUACCAAGUUCUUGGAAGAUUCAAAUCUUCCUGUUGAAGCUGUUUUGGUCUUGGAUAAUUGCUCUGCCCAUUUCACUGGCGGAGAUUUGCAGACUCGUGAUGGGAAAAUCUGGACCGAAUUUCUUCCUCCCAAUACGACCGCCAUUGUCCAACCGAUGGACCAAAACAUCAUACAAAUGAUCAAAUUGCGAUAUCGGAAAACAUUGAUGCAAGAGAUGAUGGGUCGUCCAGGUGAUUUUCAUGAAAAUGUUAAGAAUAUUAACAUAAAAGAUGCCAUGUUCUGGGUAGCAGAAGCCUGGGAUAGCGUUCCUUCGGAUGCCAUAAGAAAGUCUUGGAACAUGCUUUAUGAUCCAGUGCAGAUUGAAGAUGAGGAUGACGAGCCAUUGUCUGUACUCCGAGAAAAACUGCAGAAUAUCUCCAAGAAACUUCUUGAAAAUCGUGCCGUUGAUGAGGAAGAUGAAGAUUGCGAGGUUUUGAAAGAUGAUGAUAUUGUGGAUAGUGUGCUGAACCCUGACAAGGAUAUCAACUCGUACAACCUAGCUGACUCGACAUUAUCUGCAGCGGAAGACGUCAACUGUUCCAUCGAUACUGUCAACCUUGAAGGAGCUCCUGACGACGACAAUUCUCCGGUUGUUACCGACGAAGCAGCAAUAAAUGGGCUUAACUUGGUUUUGAGGUAUGCAGAAGAAAAUGGGUGGUCGAUCAAUACGCAGUUCAGAUUGCGCCAAAUGCGACUGGAUAUUUUUGAGAAGACUGCAGGUGCCAGAUUGUCUCACUGA